AUGGCAGAAACUGUAUUUUCCCUCAAUACUGGCAGGAAAAUCCCGGCGCUCGGAUUUGGAACUUGGCAGUCAAAGCCAGGAGAAGUAGAGAAGGCAGUCGAAUAUGCUCUUUCAAUUGGUUACCGCCAUAUUGAUGCAGCAUACAGCUAUGGAAACGAGGAAGAAGUUGGUAUCGGACUGAAGAAGGCAUUUGAGGCGGGUAUCAAACGUGAAGAUGUCUUCGUCACCACCAAGCUAUGGUCCACACACCAUAGGCGUGUGCAGGAAAACCUCGCGAUGAGUCUGGAGAAGCUCGGCUUAGACUACGUUGAUUUAUACUUGAUGCACUGGCCUGUCGCCAUGAAUACGAAUGGAAAUCACCCCUUAUUUCCUACCACACCGGAUGGAAGCCGUGAUGUUGAUUUCAGUAGGCAUCACGUGGAUACGUACCUUGAUAUGGAGAAACUUCUUCACACAGGAAAGGUCAAGGCCAUUGGCGUUGCGAACUACAGUGUUGUGUACCUCGAGGAACUUCUUGCCCGUGCCUCCAUUGUUCCAGCAGUCAAUCAGAUCGAGAAUCACCCACUAUUGCCCCAAGAUGACGUCUCGGAUUUUUGCAAAGCCAAGGGCAUUCAUAUCACGGCAUACAGCCCUCUCGGCAGUACUGGCAGUCCCCUAUUGACCCUCCCAGUUGUUGUGCAGAUUGCAACAAAAAAUGGUGUUUCGCCUGCCAGUAUUCUCCUGAGUUAUCAUAUUGAGAGGGGGCAUUCCGUACUUGCAAAGUCCGUAACUCCAGCACGAAUUAAGGCAAAUCGUCAAAUUACCAAGUUGGAGCGUGAUGAUAUGAAUGACCUCGCAGAGGUGUCUUCUGGAGGCAAUUUAAAGAGACACGGAAAUCCGCCGUGGAAAGUUAACCUGGGCUUCCCCGACCAG